AUGAAGGACGAGGAUGGGGACGAGGAGGAGGACGAGGAUGAGGAGGCCGCGGCGGCGAGCGAGCUGGCGAGGCACUUUUUGGAGAACUUCGGACCGACGUCGCACUGCAGCUUCCGCGCGUUGCGGUAUCCGGGCGCGGCCGACGCCGAGGCGCGUUCUACACACUGGUCCCCAUACGACCGCGUCGGCGUGGUGGCGUCCAUCGCUCGCGGGAUGGGGACGGACGACGACGGCGCGAAGAAGACGAAGAAGAGACGACGCAUAUCAAGCGACGAAUAUCGAUCGAUAACCCCCGUCGGCAUCGCGGAGCACACGGACUUCGAGGCGUUCACGCUGCUGCACCAGACGCGUCCCGGGCUGGAGCUCAAAGAUCUCGCCGGGACGUGGCGCGACGCGUCGUGCGCGCCGGAGUCGUCGACGUUCACGGUCAUCAUCGCGGACGUCAUGGAGCGGUGGACGGGGGGGUUGCUGACCGCGACGCCGCAUCGCGUGGCGUUUACGCCGCACGAACGCCUGUCGCUCGUGCGUUUCAACGGGCUGGACCCCGGGACGGUCGUCGAGACGCUGCCGGCGUUUCGCGGACGCCCCUCGCCGACGCACCGCGCGGCGACGACGACGCAGGGCGAGCACGUCGGGCGCAUGGUCACCGCCGCGGCGAAGAACCUCGAGGACAUGCUCGAGACGUACCCGAAGCGCGCGCUCACGACGAACCCGAGACGGUUCGCGCAGCUUAUCGUGCUCCUCGGGAAGCACGCGUCGGGGGAGUUCGAAGGGCGAUGGACCGGGUUCAUCGAGGAGGUCAAACCGCGCGAGACCCCCGCGCGCGCGGCGCUGCGAGCGGUCGCGCGCGGGAACUUGCGAUGGAACUUGCGAUGGGCGGCGGCGGCGGGGUUGACGCGCGACGCGGUGAUGGAGGCGCUCGAGUCCAAUACGCACGAGCGCGCGAGGCUCAGGUUUCGCGGGUGGCACGACGGGCUGGUGAUCGAGCACGAGUUCACGUUGGAUCUUGACGGCGCGGACGGCGCGUCGUUGAUUCCCGAAGACGACGACGACGACGAGUCCGACGAGUCCGACGCGCCCGCGCGGAUGCGCCCGAGGUGGUUCGACGAGGGCGAGAUUCCGUACGACGAGAUGCCCGAGGACGACCGACACUGGUACCCGCGCGCGUUGGCGUUGGCGCGCGAGUGCGGCGGCGGGAAUGCCGCGGCGGGGACGAAGCCGGGGUGGAGGGAGCUGAUCGUCGGCGAGUUUCGGUUCGGCGGGGACGACGCGCGAUUGGUGUCGAAGACGUUGGAGAGGAUCGCGACGGACGCGUAG